AAUUCCUUCAACGACCAUAUCAAUUCAUUAGACAAGAAACGAGCAGAAGGGCAUCUUGCUGCGCAUGUCCUGUAAAUUUUAGUUCGAUGCGAGAAACCGCUGGCAUGCGCCUGUGUUGGUAAUCGCGAAAGGAAAGAAGCAGGAAAAUACUUCGGAAAACAACAAUGGAUCGAGUAUUUGAGACAACUUUUCUCGUCAUUUUUCCCGCUGUAACUUAGAUGGAAGCGGCGAAGUCUUAAAAUUGUUGUGUGUGAAUCCCAACCGGCGGCGCCGAUUACUAAAACAAAAGAGCCCAAUGUCAAGUUAAGAAAGGUAACCUGUACUACGACGUAAACAAAAGAUUUGUCACGGAAUGGGAGGAAAAGAGUACGCUCUAAAGUGUACGCUUGGCUUGAUAUUGUUUGCAGUGCUACUGUGGCAACUUGAGACAAAUUAUUUUCCCUCGAAUGAAAAUUCCACCUCCAUGAUACCAGUUGCUGUAUGGAAAACGAAAACGGAUGACAUGAAGGAACCUGUUAAGGAUAGUUCAAAGCUAAAGAUAAAAACUGCAAAAAUCACAACACAGCACGGCUUAAAUGUAAUAACCGAAGGAUCAGAGACAAAGCGUUGGCUUAUAGUAUACUGGUCAACGUUUUUUGGAAGAAGGCUCAAUCUUCACGAAACAUUUGAAAAAGGUGACUGCCCAGUACCGUGCGAGUGGACUAGUAACCAAUCCAGAGCAAAAGAGGCAGAUGCCUUUUUAGUCCAUGCCAGGGACCCACGACCAGACCCACCAAUAAAAUCAGUGCCUUGGAUUCUGCAGACUCGAGAAAAUCCAAUUUACACACCGGUAUUGAACGACGCCAGCUUCAUGUCGAAAUUUAGCUACUUGAAAAGUUAUCGGCUGGACUCAGACUUUCCAGAUCCCUCUGUCUUGCUGCCUGGUGUAGCACCCCCUGUUCCUUUUAAGAAUAAGACUGGGCUCAUUAUGGCAGCUUUCUCAAAUUGCGAGGUAGUUCGAACCGAGUACAUGAGGCAGCUAAUGAAGUUUGUAAAGGUUGAUUCUUUCGGCGCCUGUCUAAGGAACAAUAAUAGUCUAGUGGGCAGGUAUGGCAAAAACAAACAGGGCACUGAUUUCAGAGAUGCUAAAUCCAUGCUGGCCAGACAGUACAAGUUCAGCCUGGUGUUCUUCAACCAAGACUGUGAUUAUUUUGUGGAUGCUCAACUACACCACGCAAUGGAUGCAGGCUCGGUUCCUGUUGUCAUGGCUACAGAUAAGCUGGAUGAGUUUCUACCCGGGCCCUAUCUUAACCGUUCAGUGAUAAAAGUGCGUGAUUUCAAGAGCCCACAACUGUUAGCUGAAUACCUCCAGUAUCUUAGCAACAACGAAACCGAGUACAAUAAAUAUCUGGAGUGGAAGUGGAAAGGAUAUGGCAACAUCAGUGGAACUGCUAUCGGAAAUUAUUGGAUGCCAAAGUAUCCACUGUAUUGUCAAGUUUGUGUUGCAGUUUCGAAAGGGAAAGGACACAAAGAGGGUCUGAAACCAUUCAAUUGCAAACCAAGGAAAUUUGAAAACUGGGGAAUUACAAAAGGAGCUUAACUUAAGUCAACUAUUGUCAGUUGUAGAGGAAACUGUUAGCCUGUGGAAACCGACGUUAAUUAGAAAUACUGGUAAAAUACUGCUUAUAAAGAAGUAUUAAUUUAGGAGAACUUACGACACGAGCAAUGGUAAUGCUUUUGAUGUUAUAGAGGUGCUGACAACUAAGAAUAAGGAAAAUGAACGCGACCUUCAAACUGAAGUUGGUCACUGUGUUGUACAAGUGUGUAGCUCAAAACAAAAGUGUAAAUAACAAAAUAGAAAAAAUGGGAAGCUGCAUUAAAACAUUGAGUGGCAAGUGAAUUAAAUUAGAAGUAGACCCAACAUUCUGUUUGGUAAGCAUACCUAAGAAUUUAGGGAGGGGAUUGAUGUCAACUCAAAUUUAACCCAAUUUUUUAGCAAAGCGCAUUGCCCGUGAAAUCUUAAACAGGAAUCUACUCAGAUACUUUUAAUUAACGAGGGAAUUUUGUCGUAUCAAGUAACGCUGCACCCUCGAACAAGACUGAUCAAAGGGCCCCAUGUCUAAGAGUAAUUCUGCUUUCACGACGGAAAAAGUUGAAGCACUUCACUGUUAUCUGUGCGAUAUACAUUUGUUUUCCUUUACCUGUAACGUUUGGCAUAAUGGAUCAUGAUAACGACAUAACACUGAGCUUCUGUUCGCCUUGUAGGACCUGAGUCUAAAUAAAGCUGUGACGUUUUUGUGUGAUAUUAAAAUAAUACU